UGUGGAUUCCCCAUAAUCCACCACAUGCCUUCUUUUUUCUGUGGAUUUUUUUAAUUGCUCUUUCAAAUCAAGGCUAAGCACUGAGACAUUUUCCAUUUCUUUUCAUUUUCUUUUUGGGGUGCAGAAUCCAUUGACAGAACAAAAUAAAGUUUCUUCUUUUAUUCUUUGAGUGGGAUGUUGUGGUUCUAAAGAGUUGGAGAGAUAAUAAAAAGGAGAGAGAGAUGGGUUCAUGUGUUUCAGUGCAUAAGAGCUCUCAAGAAUCUGCCAUGAAACUUGGGCUUUCUUUCGAGUCUAAAACAGAUACCCUCAUCACCUCACCUUCACCUGUUAAAGACUUAACUCUCAAAUCUCAAUCUCCGUCUACUUUUAAAGAUUUAGGUAGUAAAGAUGAAACAUUUUUUGAUUCCCGAGCAUAUCUGGAUUCAGAUUGUGAGGACGAUUUCAUCAGUGUCAACGGGGAUUUUACUCCUCAUGGUAAUACCCCUGUUCAUCAGAGCUUCUCUAUGGAGACAUCUCAAGUUAAUGGUGCGACUGAGGAUGGAUAUCCUGGGUCAGUUUCCGAAACACCCCCAACAGGAAAUAAAAAGAAGUUGGUUGAACUUUUUCAAGAGAGCUUUAGAGUUGACCAUGAUAUUAAUGAGCUAAAUACCUCAAACAACCAAGGCAUUUCCAGUGAAAAGAAAGUCAAAAAAACGAUUCAAGACAUACUACCUCCGAAAUCCGCAGAGGGUACCCCUUAUGUCUCCGGAGCUAACACUCAGUGCAGUAGUGAAAGGACUGCAAAUGGAGACAACCCUAUCUUUAAAGAGAAGCCAUUGAGGUCUGUGCAACGUUGCCUUCCAAGAUUGGUUUCAUGCAAUAGUUUUAGUGAAAGGAAGAAGAAGAUGGCCAUGCCGUAGCUGUUAACAAUAAACGUCAAUUUCCCUCUGCUUUCCGGCUAGUAGAUUGAAGAAGCCCGAAUCUCGGUUUCCAGAGAUCAUUUGCUCGAGACACCUUCAACUUUUUUGUCAGAUUUAACAAAGAGUAGGGGUCACGGUUACACGCAUAUGGGACUUUGGGAUUCAAGUCAAUGAAAAAGCAGCCCGGGAUUGUACCAUCUCAGUCAACUUGAUGAUGUUAAUUUUUCUUUGAACAUGGUGUUCUGUAAUAAAAAUGCAAAAGAAUCAAUCAGAACUUUUGUAAAAGACCUUGUAAUAUAUAUAUAUAUAUUAAAGCAA